CGGCAGCCACCAGUUGACGCUUGCCGGUCCGGCUUGACAUCAUCGGCUUGGCUUUCUCUAUCGCUCUAUCUGGCUUUCUCUACUUACUUUCUCCCUCUCAACAUUGAACCCCCCGCCAUGCUCUGCCUUUGAGACUGACACUGGCCUCCCUCCCACAUGCCAUUGUCUUCAUGAUUGGCUCUCAACACGGACGGGUCACAGUCCAGGCUUGGGGCUUGGCUGAUAGCUACAGUUUCAUCGCUACGUUCGCACAUCAACGCGGCAAUGCAAGGGUAUUGUACGACCCCAGACACCAGGUCCCAGCCUGUCGUCGGCGAUAUUUCCACGAUUACUUCGUGACCCAUCUACCAUCGUCCUCCUUGAUGCCCGAUUCGCGCGGGCCGACGUCGUUUCAUAAGCUGCCUCGAUCUGCGUCCACGCCGCAUAUAGGCGAAAACACUACAUCGUCACCGGCUUCGAUCCAAACGCCCCCUGGUAUAUCUCGUGACACAACUGUUGUCCGUAUCCCACUACGCAGCGCAAAACAUCAUUUCGGGGCGUCCGUCUCUCGCGGGUCGCGAGCAUACAAUGAGGAUGCUUACCAGGCUGGUGUCAUUGGCUUACCCGCAUUCGCGAGACGCUCACCUUUGUCAUUGACAAUUCGUCGUGCUUCGGGUUCUGAAUCGGUUGCUGUGCCCUCCGCGGCGGACAGCACAAGUGGUGACCCUCAGGUCUUUUACUUUGGUGUCUUUGACGGCCAUGGCGGCUCUGAAUGCAGCGACUUUCUUCGCGAUCGAUUACAUCAGUAUGUUGAGGAGAGUGCUGCUGAAUUUGGGAUUCAGUCUAGUUUAAAAACCAAACUCUCCCCUGCCGAGGAAAAGCGCGAGAGAAGCGAAAGGAAGGAAUCAAAUCAGUAUGGGUUAAAUCGGGCAGAUCUGCCUACUCUCCAGACUGCCGAUAUCGAGAAGAUAGCGGAACUUGAAUCCAAAUUGGUGGAGUCGUGGAGAAAUGUGGUCGGCGGGUAUUUCAGACGGUUCAAGCCUGCUCACUUUUCUUGCAUACAGGCUGGGGGUGCAUCCAAGAAUCUCGCACGAAAUCUUGGGGUUAGUACAAGCAGAAGGGACUCGGUCAGGGGAAUUCCCAUGGAGGAAGUUGUGGAAUACGCUUUUCUAAAGGCCGACUUUGAUUUUGUAUCGGCACAGGCGGCGAAGAAAGACGAUGACCCUGUCCGAUCAGACCAGCCAUUGAAUGUACAUGAUGUUCUUCACAGCCCGAGUCAAUCGCCGAAGGGGCUAAUUGGGAGUACUAAGAGAUUUCAUGGAGGGAGUACAUGCAGUGUAGCUAUGAUUUCCACCGCAACGCCUACCCCAUUCUGGCAUCCUGCUGCACCCUCUUCGCUUUUAGUAUCGCAUGUAGGUGACACCAGGAUACUCCUAUGCAAUACAGAGACUGGGGCCGCUAUUCCAGUGACAAAUGACCAUCAUCCGUCCUCCCCAACAGAAGCGAACCGCCUACGACGGUACGCGGCCGCCUUUGUCACCGACUCCUUCGGGGAGGAACGUAUGAGUGGGCUUGCCAACACUCGAGCGUUUGGAGACAUCCACUCGAAGCGAAUUGGGGUGUCUGCUGAGCCGGAUAUGCAUCGAGUUGAAAUGGGCCCGGCCGAAUUCUCAUUUCUGGUGCUGAUGUCGGAUGGUAUUAGCGGGACUCUACGCGAUCAAGAGAUCGUUGACAUUGUCAAGGAAGCUCGCACGCCCGAACAAGGCGCUCGAGACGUCGUUAACUUUGCGACCGAGGUCAGCAAGGAUGCCGAUAACGCGACCUGCCUCGUCGUGCGACUGGGAGGCUGGGAACGCAGGCUCGAGGGUGGCCUGGGCAGCAUGGGUACGAAGGAGGCACGCGAUUUUCGUCGGCAAGAAGCUACAGAUCCGCGCCGAUCGCGAACCUGAUUGUAUUGUAAAUAUUGUAUCUAGGUAUAUACAAAUAGACGUGUGUCAGCAUUGAA